AUGCCAAGUGUCGAUUCGAAUUCUUCUUAUUCAUCAUCCGAUUCAUCUUUAUCGUCUCCACGUGCACUCUUAACUGAUAUACGACAUUCGCAAGCAAUUCAACAACAGGAUCAUUCAAUGAGAUCAUCAAAUAAUAAUACUUCACAUGUAUGUGUUACACGUUAUAAAACUGAAUUAUGUCGACCAUUCACUGAGACUGGAAAGUGUAAAUACGGCGAUAAAUGCCAAUUUUCACAUGGAAUGAAAGAAUUGAGAAUCUUAAUACGGCAUCCAAAGUAUAAAACAGAAUAUUGUCGAACAUUUCAUACAACUGGCUAUUGUCCAUAUGGCCCUCGGUGUCAUUUCAUUCACGAUAUUCAUGAAGCACGGCCAACUAACCAUCCAAAUGAAACAACAACCCGACGAUACUCCGAUGUACGAAUGAAUCAAUCGACACAAAAGUCAGCAACGAGAAAUCGUAUCAACAGUGAUUUUACAGCAUUAUCCUCUUCGUCAUCUUCAUCUUCUCAUCUAAUUAAUAAUUUAACUUCAUCGAAGCUUCCUUUCACUUUCGAAGAACUUAAUCAGGCAUUACUCUCUUGCGAUACUGAUGAUAUAUUUCAUCAUCAACCACAACAACAGCAACAACAAACACAACAACAUCAAGAAUUUUAUCCGUCAAUAUUAUCUACAAUGACAAACUCAUUAACACAUCGUACGUUUUCAUCAUUAUCAUCAUCGAACAGCAGUUUAGCUCCACAGUAUAUUUAA